CCCUGCGGGCCGCCGUCGCCAUUCAGCCGCCGGUUCGGCCGAGCGGCGUCGGCUCCCGCGGCUCUGGGCGGCGCCGCAGUCGGACCCCAGGAUACUCGCUGGCCCGUGGCGGCGGCGGCAGCGGCGACGAUGGUCCCCUGAGCGGGUUGGCGCCUGUUAGAGGCGGGCGGGCGCCGCGACCCUGCCCGCGUCGGGGCCCAGGCCGGUCGCGCCUCUUUGUCUCCGGGCGGAAGUAGGACUCGCGGCGGGGACAGGGCGGCCGCACCAUGAGCGACAUCCGCCACUCGCUGCUGCGGCGCGACGCGCUGAGCGCCGCCAAGGAGGUGCUGUACCACCUGGACAUCUACUUCAGCAGCCAGCUGCAGAGCGCGCCGUUGCCCAUCGUGGACAAGGGCUCCGUGGAGCUGCUGGAGGAGUUCGUGUUCCAAGUGCCCAAGGAGCGCGGCGCGCAGCCCAAGAGACUGAAUUCCCUCCAGGAGCUCCAGCUUCUUGAAAUCAUGUGCAGUUACUUCCAGGAGCAAAGCAAGGACUCUGUGCGGCAGAUCAUUUUCUCCUCCCUUUUCAGCCCCCAAGGGAACAAAGCCGACGACAGCCGAAUGAGCUUGUUGGGAAAGCUGGUCUCCAUGGCCGUGGCCGUGUGUCGGAUCCCCGUGUUGGAAUGUGCGGCCUCCUGGCUCCAGCGGACGCCCGUGGUCUACUGCGUGAGGCUUGCCAGAGUGCUUGUGGAGGACUACUGCUGUCUGGUGCCGGGCUCCGUUCAGACACUGAAGCAGAUCUUUAGUGCCAGUCCUCGUUUCUGCUGCCAGUUCAUAACGUCCGUGACCGCCCUCUACGACCUGUCAUCAGAUGACCUCAUCCCACCUUUGGACUUGCUUGAAAUGAUUGUCAGCUGGAUUUUCGAGGACCCGAGGCUGAUUCUCAUCACAUUUUUAAAUACUCCCAUCGCCGCCAACCUGCCCAUAGGAUUUUUAGAGCUCACACCCCUCAUUGGGCUGAUCCGGUGGUGCGUGAAGGCCCCUCUGGCUUACAAAAGGAAGAAGCCUUGCCUAUCCAAUGGCCACAUCAGUCACAAGGUUGCCAAGGACUCGGGUGCCAGCACGGACAGAGACUCGCACUUGCUGUACUCAAAGCUCCACCUGAGCGUCCUGCAGGUCCUCAUGACGCUCCAGCUGCACCUCACAGAGAAAAACCUGUACGGGCGCCUGGGGCUCAUCCUGUUCGACCACAUGGUCCCGCUUGUGGAGGAGAUCAACAGACUAGCAGAUGAACUGAACCCCCUCAAUGCCUCCCAGGAGAUCGAGCUUGCCCUGGACCGCUUGGCCCAGGCCUUGCAGGUGGCUAUGACGUCGGGGGCCCUGCUGUGCACGAGAGAUGACCUGAGAACCUUGUGCUCCCGGCUGCCCCAUAACAACCUGCUCCAGCUGGUGAUCUCGGGCCCAGUGCAGCAGUCGCCACACACCGCUCUUCCCCCUGGGUUCUACCCGCAUAUCCAUACUCCCCCGCUGGCCUAUGGGGCUGUGCCAGCGCACCCAGCUGCCCACCCAGCCCUGCCUACGCACCCAGGGCACACCUUCAUCUCAGGUGUGACCUUCCCGUUCAGGCCCAUCCGCUAGGCUGGCCCUUCCAAGCCAAGCCGCCAAGCGGCUGUGUGCCUUGCUCCCAGACCAAGGAAGCCCUUGGAGAGAGGGAUGCUGGCCCCGUGGACAAGGACCCUGGGAGGCAGCAGGUGGUCCUUCCAGCUGGCAGAACCAUCUUGGUACUGAUGUCCCAAGUUGCUGUUUCCGGGGUGCCUCCUACCUGGUCAUAUUAAAUAUCCAGAUUGGAUGAUGAAAGCGAGUGGGCUCCACCCUCUGCAGAGAGCACUGUGGGUGUUUUUAGAUAUGCCAGUCUGUGAGUGACAGUUGUCACACACAGACACUCUCAGCUCGCCACCAGGGUGUGCUGGUGGGUAAGCCGGUGCCUGCGGGUCCAUUUGCCCUGCCUCAGGAAUGUGAAGUGUCUCUGCCACCAACAGCGUUUUCUGCAGCUCCAUGAGCUCAGAGUGCAGAGGGUGAGACCCAGCUCGUACGCAGUACUGGGCACAGCUCAGGGACACCUGUUGGGAUUCCCCAUCACCUUGGAGAGGAUCUGUGUCUUAUGGGGGGUGGGGAGGCGGGUAUCUAAAUUUUCCUUUCAUGUGUUCAAAAUAAAUUUUUCUAAACAGUUUCAUAGGCAUUGUGGGGUUUUCAUUUUGUGGUGCUGAGAUUCAAGCUCAUGGCGUGCACCUACUUAGCAGGCGUGUUUUCAGUGAGCUAUACCCCAGCCCUAUGGAACAUACAUCUUUAAUUAAAUUUUAAGGAUUUG